ACCUUCUAGGAAAUUGGCCAGCAGCCCAUCACAAUUCUUCUGGGCCUGACGAAACAGGAAUCCGCGAGACGCUGCGGCAUGUCGCCAUCUUUGCAUCUUUUUUCUUGAUUAUUUGGUUCGGCCUCUUCUUCGGCCUCUGCUUCUGUCUCUGCUUCUGCUUCUGCUUUUGGUGAUGUUUAGUUUUGAAAGGGCCAAUUCGUCACUCUUCUCACAGCCCCGCGACCUUUCCCCAGGCUGAACUCCCAGGCGGCACUGACUGCCGGCACACCACUACCCCUAAUAAUGUCUAUGGCCGGUUACGGCACGCCAUCAUCGCAGGAGAUCGGCGGCGGCAACGCCAACUCUGGCGCCCCGCGCAGCGUCAAGAGGCCACGUCCUGUCAAGUCUUGCAUAGAAUGCAGAACCCGGAAGCUCCGCUGUGACCGAUUACUGCCGUGCUCGCAAUGCCAGAAGUCGCAGCGCAAUUGUCGGUACGCCGCCGAUGGCGUGGCGGCCGACGGAGAAGGGGGGAAUUCGGAAGGAUCGGACGUUGAGGCUGCUACUGAAAGAGCGCCCAAGAGAAUCAACGUGCAGAAUGGCUCUACUACGAGCCAGAGCACCCUUCCCAGCCACAAUGACCCAAACAAGAGUCGGUCUCUGCAGGUCUCUGCCUCGAUUCUGGACGAUUACGGUGCCCGUCUCGAGCGUUUGGAGCAUGUCGUUCUGAAAUCCAACAGUCCUUCAGCCGGAGCGUUCGGCAAAGACUUCUCCAGCGGUCAUCACCAUGCUAACCCUCGAAGAAAAAUCAAGCUUCUCGCCUCUUCCUGUACCAUACGGGGUUUGGCCAUCAAGGGGACGACCAGAACCCGAUACUUUGGCCAAAACAGCACCAGGGUUCUCCUGAACCUGUUCGAUGAAGCCAGGGCCUUCAUGUUCCACAGGACCAAGACGGGGGACCUAAAGGAGACCUUCAUCAACAUUCAGCGGAUCCACAAGUCCCUCCAGGAAGAGCACCGGAAGGCCCUCACCCCCAUCACCGUCUACGUGGACUCGAUGACGCCUAUUCAGAAGCGCAUGGCCGACAUCUUGCCCAAGAAGUCGGUCUGCGACCAGUUGAUCCAGGUUUUCCUCGGUGGCUCCGAGACAGCCCUCUAUCGAACCCUUCACAUUCCCACCUUUAGGGAGCAAUACGACACAUAUUGGGAGGGCCAUAUGCCAGCCGACUCUUUCUUGCCGCAGCUGCUGUCGAUUUUAUGCAUUGGCUACCGCUUCAUCGGUCUAGGAAAGGGGCUAUAUCCCGACCGAGAUGGCAUUCACUUACCAACCGCCUGUGCCCUUGUGAGACACUGGUUAGACGGCCUGAGAGGAAAGCAGCUGAUUGAAUUCGGGACGCUGCAAACCGAAGUACUUCUUUUGAUGGCACAGAGGAUGAUCAACCCCAAGUUCCAAGAGUCUUGGACGAGGUUGGGGUUGGUUGUACGCAUGGCCAUGAGCAUGGGUCUGCACCGAGACCCGUCCGAGUUUCCUCAGAAAGUCUCGCCCUUCUGGUCCGAGUUGCGCCGGAGGAUAUGGUACACUCUGAUGGAACUCGACCUGCAGAUGUCCAUGCAGUGCAACAUGCCCGCCUGCGUCCGAGAUGGAGAUUACACCACCAGGCCCCCACAGAAUCUCGACGAUGACGAUUUGGACCCAGACUUGCAUGAGCUUCCCGAUGGCAAGUCUAUCGAUCAACCCACCGAUUCGCAGAUCCAAGUCUACUCGGCAAGUACGCUAGCGUACCGAUUCCGAGCCGUUGAUCUCAUCAACCGUAUCGACAGCCUCACCGACUUCCAGGAAGUGCUCGACUGUGGCAACGCAUUGGAGAGGAGUUUCGAAGACUUGAGAUUUAUCUUGCCGCGAACGCCCCCCGAGAACCCGGCCGACGCCAACCGCCAAUGGAGAAUACGGACUAUAUUAGAUAUGACGUGUCGAAGAACCCAGCUCAUGCUCUACAGACCGUUUGCGUUGAGUACACCUGACGCUCCCCACUAUAUUCUCACGGCGUAUUUGCGAUCGUCGGUGAUCCUCCUUUCUUACCCCGACGACCUAGACACCAACGCCGCGACCUACUGGCACAUAUGGCACAUGCACUAUCUCAUUCUGAAACAGGACAUUUUACAAGCUGCCUUCAGUGUCUGCUACUACAUCAAACAUGCCGCCGCCAAGGAUAGUCUUCCCUCUCCCGCAUCCUCCUCUCUAACAAAGAGCUCCAAGGCCGAGUCGAUUGAGGAAGCAUGCAUUCUCGCUUCGGAAAGCUCGGCCCUGCUCUCUCUCCCACGGCUAGUCAACGCCGUAGAAAAGGCGCUUGAAGCCAUGAUUAAGCGGAUCCGAGAGAUUGGUACAGAUCUGAAGGAUCUCGUGUCGCUGACGGUCGUCCUGAGCAUAUGUCAGGGCGGAACGUGGGCCGCUAAGGAGGAGAGGGUCAAGAGGGGUAUGCGGGCGAUUAUGGAAGCUGGCCUUCAGGCUGGGGUGCAGCCGGGCGCGAAGACGAUGGCGGAUCCGGAUAGUCAGACAACGUUCAAUCUACCGAUAAUACCCGGACCGCCAAACACGAUGUCGAUGCACAGUCUACACUCGCCUUCGGGGCAUUCGGGGAGCUUUUUGAACCCGGUUCCUGCGCAGCCGUUUAUGAUGCCACACGAUAUUCCUCAUACGAUACCCGGGUCCGAAGAUUUAGCCAUGUGGGAUAUGGAAUUUUGGAACCCUCUCCUACACGGUGGUCCUCGUUGAGCUAACUGUUCAUGAUUGUACAUCGAGGGUUUAAUCAACUACUACUGUCGCUGCAUCAGGUAGGCGAAAGAGCCGGAAAGAGGCAGGCAGCCGUAGGAAAGGUCAGGUUCUGUCAGGGGUUGGAAGGGAUCCUGUUGCAUAUCUCAAAUCAUGAUUGGAGGCGUUCUUGGAUUACUUGAGAUCGGAGGGAAGGUGUGCUGUAUAUUGAUUAUUUAUAAGGAGACAUCAAAUCCCGCAGCUGACAUACAAGGGGGUUUAGUCAACCCUUACGGCGCGCUGCCCACCUUGUUGACUUCGCCUACCUAGCGAUAAUAGGGAGAUUGGUGCAG